AUGUGGAAGUCAAAAAAGUCCGCGGAGGGUUCUGGCAAGGCCAAAAGCAGAUCAACUGGCGACCAUGACCAGGACAGAACUCGUGAGGCGCUGGUCAAGCGUGUGAAAGCAUUGAAGGCUUUGUUGCCCGAAAGUUUGCAGUCACUUGCAGGUUUGGCAAUGAUGUAUGUGGAGCACGAGAUUCUUCAGCGAAAGUACAUCAACAAUGAGACUAUGGCUUUAGAUGCAAUAUCCAGUAUCCCAAGAGCCAACUUCUGGACUAGUGAAGAUGGUUGCGCAUGGGAUAUGGAGAACUUGGCGGUAGCCAUCACGAGCGGUAAAGGCGUGAUGAGGAACCCGCUCAGUAAGCAAAUGUUCGCGACAAGGGCUCCAAGCCUUACAGACUGGCGAAGAUGUUACUGGUGGACGUGUCCGAAGAUGGAAAACCAAGUCAUCUCGCCAUAA